GUAUAUAUUUUUCUGGAAGCACUUUAAUAAUUUUCGUUGCCUAAAGCUUGCUGCUAACGACAACCUCUCAUAUAUAUUCUAGAGAGAGAAAAUCGCAAAAUCCCAUAGAACGAUCCCCGUUCUUCAGGAAAUCACACUCAUAACUGAUAAUGGAAGGUCAUGAAGAUCAAACUCCCUUCCACCGCCAAAACCACCCAUUACAACUUCUUGAAGAAAGAUCCGGUGGCGUUAAUGGCGAAGAAUAUUCCACGACGGAGCUGCAGCCAGCUCCCAAAGCAAAGCCAUUGCAAAAAAGAGGAACAACAAAAGACAGACACACGAAAGUCGACGGCAGAGGCCGCCGUAUCCGCAUGCCCGCCGUGUGUGCCGCCAGAGUCUUCCAGUUGACACGAGAGCUUGGACACAAAUCCGAUGGUGAGACCAUCGAGUGGCUGCUCCAACAGGCAGAACCUUCCGUCAUUGCCGCCACCGGAACCGGAACAAUCCCCGCCAACUACACUUCACUUAACAUCUCUCUCCGAGGAUCCGGCUCCACGAGCAUGGCCGGACCGACAUCUUACCUGAGGAACGGUCUUAGCUUCGUCACAAAUCAACCGACGUCAACGUCACACUUUGCAACACCGGUAACGAAAGACGAUGAGUUCUGCUUAGAUCCAAGGAGUAUUCAAAUGGGCGUUACAUCUAACUACAUGACGCAAUCUACGAUCCCGGCGUGUCACAAUCAGAUUCCGGCGACGGCUGCGUUUUUAAUGAUGGGAAACCGUAACAGUGGUAGCACUAGCCCUGAUACGCGUUCUAGUCGUGCUUUCUCAGGUGAAUCUACGUGGAAUUUUCCGUCUACCAGUAAUACAAGCAGCAAUGAUAACCAUAACAGUAAUCUUUAUAAUAGAGGGUCUUCAAGGACUAAUCUUAAUGGCAUCUCCGACGAAGACGUCGGUGGUGGGUUACAUCUUAUGAACUUUGGUGCGCAAACGGCACUAUUGAACGGACAACAGUUCGGUGGUGGUGCGCUGCCCACAACGGAUGGGAUGCUGGCGGCGUUAAGCUCAAUUAGGCCAACAUAUGGCGGUGGAUCCAGUUAUCUGAUCAACGCUAAUACAACACGAAACGAGUAACAGCCAUAAUGCCUAAAUCAACACGAAUUAAGGGGUCUCCAUUUACAUUUUUGUAUUCAAAACAUCUAUUUUACUGUUACAUGAUACGUAAAUCGCAAACAUUCGUAAUUAUUGCAUAAAAUUUUGUUAAACGUCAUCCAAAAUAUUAAUGUUUGCUUUAGCCAUAAGGGCAUGUCUUCAUUA